AUGCCAGCCUUCAAUCCACCUCCUCCACCGCAGGCUCAGCCCGCCGCCUUCGUCACCAUGGCUCAUCACAUUACAACUGUUCCAUCGACAACUGUUCCUCCGCCGGUGGUUGCACCACCAAUUACUAUCACCGCUCCUUCCUAUCCGCCGGCUCCACAAUCGACGAUCCAGCCUCUCUAUCCUCCUUCUUUCUCCACCUUUUCAACAGAUCUGAUGUCGAAUUCGCCCUCCUCUUCGUCUUCAACAUCGUCCGAAGUGGAGCUCCACCCCGGCGGCCGGCACAAGCGGAAGCGGAAGGACUUCUUCGAGCGGCCGAUGACGAAAGUGGUCCACAAGCAGGAAGAGAUGCAGCGGAAGUUUCUAGAAGCCAUCGAGAAGCGCGAGCACGAACGAAUGGCGCGUGAGGAGUCGUGGCGAAUGCAAGAAAUGUCCCGGAUAAAUCGGGAGCGCGAGAUCCUUGCUCAGGAGCAGUCCAUCGCCGCCGCCAAAGAUGCCGCCGUGAUAAUGUGA